AAGAAAGAAAGAAGAUAGAAGAGAGAGAGAGUGAGAGAGAGAGAGUGAGAGAGAGAAAGCUGUCUCGUGAAGCAGCAGGUGAAGCUCAAGCAAAAGAAAAUAAAAGCUCACCUCUUUCUUCCCUUCUCUCUUUCUUCUUUCUUUCUUUCUUCCUUCUUCUCCAUUCUCUCUCUCUCUCUCUGCAUAUCUUUCCACACUUCACAACACAACGCACCCCAUUUUCUCUCUCUAACAAUUCAUUCUUCAGUUUCACGAGAUCCCCAUCACCGCUUGUGGCAUUGCUGCUGCAAAUUCACAGAGAGAGAAAGGAAAAAAAAAAUUUUUAAGAUACCCUUCUUGUUGUUUCGGUUAGUGAGCGAGCGAGUGAGUGAGAAGAAGAAAAAGAAUAAAACAUGUCACAUUCCGGGAAGAAACCCGUGUCGUCCGAGUUAGGGCUCACCGAGCGGUUCCGCGACUCACUGAGUUGCUCCGACGACAACAAACCCGAUUUCCGAGAACUCGAUUUGAGUUCGCCGGUUUCAACAUUGCGGCCACGUCAGCACCACAGUGCGCCCACCACAACGAGUAGCAGUAGCACGAGCACUAGCAGCGGCUCGACCGGGUCCGGUUCGGGUCGGAACGGAAACAAUAACGCGGUUUCGAAGAGAUCUCAUUCUGGUGAGUUGUCUGGGUCGAGCGAGACCAAUAGUCCGACCCGGGUUUCGAAACCGGGUCACCGGAGAUCCAAUUCGGGUCAAAGCCAGAGAUCUCCUUCGUCGUCCUCCUCCGCUGUCAAUUCUCCGCCGCUGAACGUUCUCCCGGCCGGGAACAUCUGCCCGUCCGGAAGGGUUCUCAAGGCGGCGACCGCGGCCGUGGCGCCAAGCCGGAGCUCCAGGUCGGAUGUUCUGGGCUCCGGCACGGGGAAUUACGGCCACGGGAGCAUAAUGCGAGGUGGAAAAGGUGGCGGCGGCGGCGGCGGUGGUGGUGGUGAUGUGAGGAUCGCUGGCGAAUCGGCGAAGGGCGUGGAUCCGGAGGAGGUGAAGAGGAUUGGGAAUGAAGAGUAUAAGAGAGGGCACUUUGUUGAGGCGUUGUGUUUGUAUGAUCGAGCAAUUGCAAUGUCUCCCGGCAAUGCCGCUUACCGGAGCAACCGUGCGGCGGCGUUGACCGGUUUAGGACGGUUGCCGGAGGCGGUGAAGGCGUGUGAGGAGGCUGUGGGGUUGGAUCCUAAUUAUGGGAGGGCGCAUCAGCGCUUGGCAAUGUUGUUUCUCAGGUUAGGACAGGUUGAGGAUGCUAGGAAGCACCUUUGUUAUCCUGGCCUGCAGCUGGAUCCUGCUGAGUUGCAGAAGUUGCAAAUUGUGGAAAAGCAUAUUAACAAAUGUGGCGAUGUACGGAGGAUACGAGAUUGGAAAGGUGUACUGAGGGAGGUUGAUGCUGCUGUUGCUGCUGGAGCAGACUCUUGUGUUCAGCUCUUUAUGUGUAGAGCAGAAGCCCUUCUCAAGCUACACCAGAUUGAUGAUGCUGAAUCAUGUAUAUCAUGGAUUCCCAAAAGCAAGCCACAUCCUGGUUCCUUAUCACAGGCAAGAUUUUUUGGGAUGUUUUCUGAGGCUUAUUGCUUCUUCGUUAGAGCUCAGAUUGAGAUGGCUUUUGGAAGGUUUGAGAACGCAGUUACAACUGCUGAGAAAGCUAGUCAGAUUGACCCCCGAAACGUUGAAGUUGCUGUUUUGCUCAACAAUGUGAGGAUGGUUGCUAGAGCUCGAUUGCGUGGUAAUGAUCUUUUUAAAUCAGAAAGGUUCACUGAGGCAUGCUCGGCAUAUGGGGAAGGUUUGAGGCUCGACCCUUCAAACUCUAUCCUCUAUUGCAAUAGAGCAGCAUGUUGGUUUAAGCUUGGGCAAUGGGAAAGAUCAAUUGAAGACUGCAAUCAAGCUUUACACAUCCAACCUGAUUACACUAAAGCCAUUCUUCGAAGGGCUGCCUCAAAUAGCAAGUUAGAAAGGUGGGAAGAAGCAGUAACAGAUUAUGAGCUUUUGCGGAGAGAACUACCAGAUGACAAUGAAGUUGCCGAAAAUCUGUUUCAUGCGCAAGUAGCAUUAAAGAAAUCACGUGGGGAAGAAGUGCAUAAUUUAAAGUUUGGUGGUGAAGUGGAGGACAUAUCAGGUCUUGAGCAGUUUAGAGCGGCAAUAUCUUUACCAGGUGUUUCUGUUGUCCAUUUUGAAACUGCGUCAAACUUGCAAUGUAAGCAGAUAUCGCCAUUGGUGAAUACACUAUGCAGUCGUAAUCCAUCUAUUAACUUCCUCAAGGUGAAUAUUCAAACAAGCCCCGCAGUCGCUGCUGCUGAGAAUGUUAGGGUUGUACCAACCUUCAAGAUCUAUAAAAAUGGCAGUCAAGUGAAGGAAAUUAUAUGUCCUAGUCAUGAUAUGUUGGAACACUCCAUUAGGCAUUACAGCUUGUAGAACUCUUGACCUUGUACUGCUUCUGAUGUAUACUCCAUUUCUACCCCGCCGCUUGAACAAGCUGCGCAACUCUCCACAGUUCAUCCAGUCUUAUGAUCCCCUCACAAAAUGGUCUUUUGAUACUUGUGACAUUCAGAAACCACAUAAUAAUCUUGUUAGCAGCCAGUGCCCGUGGAACCAGGACAUAAUCUAGUUCCUUUUGCAGUUGUUAUUUAUUCAUUCAUUCCUAAUUACUUUCUGGUUCCAUGUUCCUCCAACUUUCCCUCUGUCAAUUUUCUUUAGUCUUCUCCUUUUCAGUUCAUGUAGACCAGCUUUUCUUGUAUCCCCAGUUUCCUUAUGGGUGAAAAAAAGGGAGAUUUUUAUGUCUGUACAAUUGAUUAAAUUGUCAGUUUAUAUUUACCUUUAAGAUAGAUAGACAAAAGGGAGAGGAGGGGUUGGUCUGCUGCUAGAGGAGGAUUCUGUACAUGUAUAUAUGUGUUGAUUAUAUACCAAACACUGGAAAGCCUUAGAGGGAGAUAGGAUGAGUGGUGGGUACCUAAUGGUUGGUGAAUUGAGGAUGAAUAUGUUGUUGUUAUUAUUAUUAUUAUUAUGUCUUAGCCAUUUAAUCAAUAAAAUUUCCCAUUUUUUCUGUUA